AUGGAAUGUAUUAGAAGUGACAAGUUCAGAGAAUAUGUCAUGACCAGAGGAACAAUCAUCAAGGUACAACGGAGGUUUGGGGUUGAUAUAGAGGAACUUCCUGAACAGAUUGAUACCUCCACUUACAGCUUCGUCUCGGUGGAGGAAACCUCUUCAGUUUACAACCUUAUACGUGUUCUUAUUGUUGGAAUUUCUGCAGCCGUAGAGAAAACUCUUCUCAGAAAAUUCAAGUCCACACCUAAAAGUCUGGAUAACAAUGCUUCAACGUGUUUCAAAGAAACAAAACGAUCAUACAAGUCUUCUUCAAGUGCUUCAAAGUGA